GUCAAUCCCCUCAAUUUCGUGCCCUAGACUUCCAAUUUCAGCCGCAAUAUGCCACCUCGACGCCAAUUUUCCGUCCUCCCCUCCAAAUCCCUCCUCCACGCUCGAUCUCCGCCUCCGUCCAUCUCUGUGCUGCCCUGAAUCAUGUAAUUUCAGCUUAAGUUUUAGCAGUUCAUCAGAGUAUUUGAUCUAGUGGCGAUUCAGAUGGAAAUAUUCUUGAAUUUGUUUGGGGUAUUGGUGGCGUGGUGCUUCUUGAGGUGAAUGGAAGCAGCAGUUGAGGUUGGAAGUUGUUGUGGCGAGGAUCAUGGGCUCAAAAGAGAGUUUCAGCAGUGGCACUGGCGGAGUAGUUGUUGGGGAAGUUCGAUGGCGUGGUGAAGGUGCGUGCACCUCAGUUGGUAGGAAAGAUGACAUAAUUGCUGCUAAUGUCUCAGUGCCAUCUUUCUGGCAUAAGGUUCCCGAUCCUGAACGUUGUUUGGGGAUAUCUCAACCAUCCAGCUUGCACAGUAAUGACAUGCGUAAUGGCCAUGAUUUGGGGAACUUGAAUCCUGAUCCCCCAAUAUUGGAGGUGGAUGUUAAAUGUUUAACACAGAAAUGUAGUAGAUUAGAGAGAAAGAAUGGUGGGCACACUAAGAGAUCAGGGAUCAUACAGAUGGAAAUCUCUAAAAGUAAACUCGGAGAUGAGGCAAAUGGAACAUCUCCUAAACUUGUUACUUCAUCUCCUGCAAGUUGCAAUAAUUCAGAAAAAAAUCAAAUAAUUAAGCAAAACAACAGUUCGAGUAGUAGACGUGGAGAUAAAAGAACUAGCAGACUCAAACAAAAGAGUAGGUGUGAGCCUUUCUCGCUGAAGAAUGGCUUGGUGGGCUUUAGCUCAGCUGCCGGAGGAAACAACUUUCUUGGAACUUAUGGUUUAAAAACUGAUGUCUUUGAUAUCACAAAGCUUGUCAAUGAGCUGCCUCUACAUGACCUGGUAUCUGGUAACUAUAAAAGUCCGAGUAUCUCCAAAGACAAAGGAAAAAAGUCUUCAAGUUCAAACAAUGAUCUUAUGCAGUCAUUCAGAAAGGCAUGCUAUGUUCUUCAAGCUCAAAAAGGCUUACAAGUCCAAAAUUGUGCCGAGAUUGAGAAUAGUUGCAUCCGUAGUGAUUCAACCAGCUUGAUUACUGUUAAUUCUACUGUAGGCCAGAGUGGUGUAGACAAGGGAGAUAACUGUACUCCAGUGCUGCUGUCCACUGAUGAGGCUCAAGAAUCUGAUGAGAAAAUCCAAAAGUUUAGAAUUGCUGAUGCCCCACUAUAUACACCAAAAGAUAUCUCAGAGCGUCUUGCACUUCCUCUGCCAAAGGAUUUGGAUUUGUUACUCUCUGAUGCAAGCAAAGCUACAUCAUCAAAGAAUAAUGCUGACCCUCGUGUUGGCAGACCAGGUGCUCAGCGAACUGGUCUACCACCUUUCCCUUGGUCUCAAUCUUUCACUGGACAUGCUAGGUUGGGCUCUGAUGCCAUGAAACUGUCUGCUGGUCGGACAACAUGCCAGGGUAAAUGGGUCAAAGUUAAAAAUCCUAUCGCUCUUCAGAGAAGUUCUGCUGAUUUGUUAAUGGAUUUUGAGUCACUAGCAUUUGACCGAAGUUUAGUUCCUUCAGAUAAUCUUGUCUCUGAGAAACAAGAGAAUAUACUUGCUCCUACUGAACGCAGCUUUUCCGUCUCAGGAGCAUGCUCAACCUCAAAGGUUGCUGCAGAUGAGUGCUCGUCCAUUCAAGUUGCUGCUCAGACGCUGAUAGACAUGGGAGCUUACUCCAAGGAAAAUCCUUGUGCAGUGGUAAAGUUACUCAAAAGACCGUCACAAGUGACUAUGAAAGCUAGCAAGACAAAACUAAUCAAGAGAUGUGAUUUUGUUGAUGCGCCAAACUCAAAAGUUAGGCCAACAAAUUCUUUAAAGGCCAGUGAUGGGUUUCCUUUGAAGAAGCUCAGGCUCUCCAAAGAUGCACUUAAUGCCUGCAUCAGCCAUACUGAAGUUGGGAGGCAAGGGAAGCUGCACCAGUCUGCAGCUGCCCUGCCGGUCAGAUCACCUCCCAGGAAGCUAUUUAGGGAUUCAAACACGACCACAGAUAGUUACGGUAUCAGUGUUGUAAAGAAGUCUAGCAUACUGAAAACACAGAGGGUAGUAGACAGACCGAGCAGUACCAAACCCAAGUUCUGGAAACCCUCUCUGUGAAAUUGGGUCACCUGGAGGGCUAAUUGGUAUAGUCUGCUGCAGAGACAUAAGAGGCAUGCUUCUUCCUUGUUUCUUAUCAAUUUUUAGUGCCAAAUGAUGUAUAAUUGUUAGAUUUGUAUAUAGUUUCACUUAUAAAGAGGUGUGUGCUGUUUUAUUUGAUGCUAGUGGCUCAUAGGAGCUGCGAUGUUGUAUCAUUUCUAACAUCACUAGACGGUGCCGUUUAGGGCAUUAUUGUAAUAUUCCCACUACUCUCGUCGUCAAGGUUUCCAUUGCUAGGAUAUUA